AUGAAAGCAGCCCAAGAUAGACAAAAAUCUUACGCCGAUCUUCGACGUCGGCCUAAUGAAUUUGAAGUGGGUGACAAGGUUCUACUUUGUGUGUCUCUAAUGAAAGAAGUAGUUCGCUUUGGUGCUCGUGGAAAGUUAAGCCCAUGUUUCAUAGGUCCUUUUGACAUUGUGGAGAAAGUAGGGAAGUUAGCCUAUCGAUUAGCAUUGCCUAAUGCUCUGGCCUUUUCUCGUGUAUUAGAUCCAGAGGCGUCAGAACUUGAUGAGAGCCUAACCUAUGAGGAACAGCUUGUUCGGAUAUUGGAUAAGAAGGUCCAUAGUACUCGUCGGAAGGAUAUCACCAUGGUUAAAGUAUUAUGGUCCAAUCACCGCUCACAAGAGGCAACCUGGGAGACAGAACACUCUAUGCGAGAGCAAUAUCCUCACUUUUUCUCUCAAGUUAGUAAGUUACUGGGACGUAACUUCGUUAAGGGGGGUGGAAGGCGAUAG